AUGGACUUCAGUGAUGGUCUUCCCAAGUCUCAUAGCAGUGAGGUGAUUCCGAUUGUCGUCGACAGACUCAACAAAUAUGGUCAUUUCCUCCCACUGAAACAUCCCUAUACUGCUCAAUCAGUUGCCCAGGUGUUUUUGGAUACUAUUGUGAAAUUACAUGGCUUACCUGAUACUAUAACCAAUGAUAGAAAUGCCAUACAAAACACACCAUAUGAAGCCUUAUAUGGCAGGCCACCUCCUCUACAUCUCCCUUACUUAUCUGGUGAAUCAGCUUCUAGCGAAGUUGACACUACCUUGGUGAACAAAGAACUUAAGUUGCAACUCCUUAAGCAUCAUUUGCAUAAAGCUCAACUCCGAAUGAAGCAACAGAUCAUUAAGAAGGUUGGCCCUGUGGCCUACACUCUUUUGUUGCCUAAUUCUGUCAAGAUUCACAAAACUGUGCAUGUCUUGUUAAAAAAGUGUUAUGAAAUGUCUUCCCACAUUUCUUAUCCUUUGAUUGUUGGCCUAGCCAAUCUAAAUUUCCCUACUCCAGAGUCUGUUUUACAGCGAAUAAUGGUCAAGAAGGGAAACAAGGUUGUUGCUCAGGUAUUGGUUAAAUGGGUUGGUCUUCCCGCUGAUGUAACUACCUGGGAAUCUGCUACCAUCUUGAAGACAAGGUUUCCAUCCUUUGAUCCUUAA